ACAGUAGCUCAGAAAGACUUUGAACCCCUUCUCCCGCCACUGCCAGACAAUAUCCCUGACAGUGAAGAAGCAAUGAGAAUUGUUUGUUUGGUGAAAAACCAACAGCCCCUGGGAGCUACCAUCAAGCGCCAUGAGCUAACAGGGGACAUACUGGUGGCCAGAGUCAUCCACGGCGGGCUGGUGGACAGGAGUGGAUUGCUGUAUGCUGGAGACAAACUGGUGGAAGUGAAUGGAAUUUCGGUGGAGGGCCUGGACCCCGAGCAAGUGAUCCAUAUUCUGGCUAUGUCUUGUGGUACGAUCAUGUUCAAGGUGAUCCCAGUGUCUGCCCCACCUGCGAGCAGCCAGACGACGGUUUACGUCCGUGCCAUGAUUGAUUACUGGCCCCAGGAGGAUCCUGACAUCCCCUGCGUGGAUGCUGGGUUGCCCUUCCUGAAAGGGGACAUCCUACAGAUAGUGGACCAGAACGAUGCCCUCUGGUGGCAGGCCCGGAAAAUCUCAGACCUCGCUGUCUGUGCUGGGCUCAUCCCUUCUUACCACCUUCUGAAGAGGAAGCAGCGGGAGUUCUGGUGGUCUCAGCCGUACCAGCCUCACACCUGCCUCAGAUCCACCCGAUGCCAAUCAUUUUCUAUGGAAGAAGAAGACAACAUGAAGAUUGACGAGAAGUGUGUGGAAGCAGAUGAAGAAACUUUUGAAUCUGGUAAAGAGGAAUUUGUUGGCAAUGGGCAGAAGUUCUUCAUUGCUGGCUUCCGCCGCAGCAUGCGCCUCUGCCGCAGAAAGUCUCACUUCAGCCGGCUACACGCCACCAUGCGUUGUACCUGCAGCUGCUACGGCGCAGUGGGCGCCCCUUACGAGGAGGUGGUGAGGUACCAGCGGCGGCCGGCAGACAAGCACCGCCUCAUAGUGCUCGCGGGACCCUCUGGCGUGGGAGUCAAUGAACUGCGAAGACAACUCAUUGGAUCGAAUCCCAGCUGUUUUCAAAGUGCUGUGCCACAUACCACCCGUUCCCCAAAGAGUUAUGAAGUGAAUGGACGUGAGUAUCACUACGUGUCAAGGGAAACAUUUGAAAGCCUCAUGUAUGGGCACAGAAUGCUGGAGUACGGUGAGUACAAAGGCCACCUGUACGGAACUAGUGUGAGUGCUGUGCAGGCCGUCCUCGAUGAAGGGAAGAUCUGCGUCCUGGAUUUGGAGCCUCAGGAUAUUCAGUUGGCUCGCACCCACGACCUGAAGCCCUAUGUCAUAUUUAUUAAGCCACCCAACAUGAGCUACAUGAGGCAGUCUCGGAAGAACGCUAAGGUUAUUACCGACUACUUUGUGGACAUGAAGUUCAAGGAUGAAGACCUACAAGAGAUGGAGGAGUUAGCCCAAAAAAUGGAGAGUCAGUUUGGCCAGUUUUUUGAUCAUGUGAUUGUGAAUGACAACUUGCAAGAUGCGUCUGCCCGGCUGUUGUCUGCCAUACAGAAGGCCCAGGCAGAACUGCAGUGGGUCCCGGAAGCUUGGGUUUCCCCCGGAACCGAGUCUUAAUCAAGUCUCCCAUUUAAAACUGGAGCCUCAAUAUCAUGUCUGAAAGAUCCAGAAAACAGCAGUAUCUGGCCGGGGAUGGCGGUCCUCGCCUUUAAUCCCAGCACUCAGGCAGCAGAGGCAGGCAGAUCUCUGUGAG